UUCCGGUGGCUGGUCCUGGGCGGCCCCUCCCCGACUGGGCCCUGUGCCCCCCGCCCCCGCGGCCCCUCGCCGCCGGGCCAGCCGCCACCAUGAAGAAAUUCUUUCAGGAGUUCAAGGCCGACAUCAAGUUCAAGAGCGCGGGACCCGGUCAGAAGCUCACAGAGUCCGUGGGGGAAAAGGCCCCCAAACAGAAGUCCAGCCAGCCGGCCCCGAGGCCGCCCCGCCAGGGACCCACCAAUGAGGCACAGAUGGCGGCCGCUACUCGGACACUUUCACCGUCCCAGGUGUCUGAGCCCAGAGAGGAAGGCUCUGCCCACCUGGCCGUGCCUGGUGUGUACUUCACCUGUCCGCUCACUGGGGCCACCCUGAGGAAGGACCAGCGGGACGCCCGCAUCAAGGAAGCCAUUCUUUCGCACUUCUCCACCGACCCAGUGGCUGCCUCCAUCAUGAAGAUCCACACGUUCAACAAAGACCGGGACCGGGUGAAGCUGGGCGUGGACACCAUUGCCAAGUACCUGGACAACAUCCACCUGCACCCCGAGGAGGAGAAGUACCGGAAGAUCAAGCUGCAGAACAAGGUGUUCCAGGAGCGCAUUAACUGCCUGGAAGGGACCCACGAGUUUUUUGAGGCCAUUGGGUUCCAGAAGGUGUUGCUUCCCAUCCAGGAUCAGGAGGACCCCGAGGAGUUCUACGUGCUGAGCGAGACCACCUUGGCCCAGCCCCAGAGCCUGGAGAGGCACAAGGAACAGCUGCUGGCUGCGGAGCCCGUGCGCGCCAAGCUGGACCGGCAGCGCCGCGUCUUCCAGCCCUCGCCCCUGGCCUCGCAGUUCGAACUGCCCGGGGACUUCUUCAACCUCACGGCAGAGGAGAUCAAGCGGGAGCAGAGGCUCAGGUCCGAGGCAGUGGAGCGGCUGAGCGUGCUGCGCACCAAGGCCAUGCGGGAGAAGGAGGAGCAGCGGGGGCUGCGCAAGUACACCUACACGCUGCUGCGCGUGCGCCUCCCCGACGGCUGCCUCCUGCAGGGGACCUUCUACGCCCGGGAACGGCUGGGGGCAGUGUACGGGUUCGUUCGGGAGGCCCUGCAGAGCGACUGGCUGCCUUUUGAGCUGCUGGCCUCGGGAGGGCAGAAGCUGCCGGAGGACGAGAACCUGGCCUUGAAUGAGUGCGGGCUGGUGCCCUCUGCCCUCCUGACCUUCUCGUGGGACAUGGCUGUGCUGGAGGACAUCAAGGCUGCGGGGGUCGAGCCGGACGCCAUCCUGAAACCUGAGCUCCUGUCGGCCAUCGAGAAGCUCUCUUGAAAUAAAAGCAGGGUUGGCCUCAGCCCUGUGGGUCUGUCUCAUGCUCUCCCUGUUCCCCUCCCCGCCACCCCCAGGGCCUCCAAGCCACCUCUGGAAAUACUUGGCUCUGCCCCAUGGGCACGGGAGGGGCGCCAGCUAGCUGUGGAGCUGUGGAACUGGGCCCCGUGGCAGAGCCCCCAUCUCCUGGGGGCUGUGGAGAUGCGCCCAAGCCCCCGAGAGGCCUGGGGACGCCAUCAAAUCUAAGCCCUCCCUAGCUGCUGGUAACUGUGUCAUGAAGCUGCCAUGCAGACACACGUGGCAUCUCCGUGGGCAGGAGAGCAGGCCUGCAGCACGAGUCCCGUUCCCGUGUGCUGUGGGUGGCAGCGGCUGCACCUGGCGCUAGGGCUGCUCUGUGGAUGUGGGUGACGACGGCAGGAGGGGACGCUGGCCUUCCCGCACACAGACCUGCAGUUAGUAAAUCAUAAGCCCAAAUAAACAGGGUGUUUGAAU